AUGGUCAAGGAGUAUAGACCACCGGCUGGACCUAGACCAGCCAGCUUCUCGCCGACCAAACAUAUCAGGGACCUUUCCAAUCCGAACGGACCACAACCCUCCUUCCAAGAGCCACGCGUCGACGCCCCAAUGCUGAGCACCUCGACGACCAACGGCCACCCAUUGUUUGCGUUCGGUGGGGGGAAUGGGCCUUCUGUUCAGGACGGCGGAGAUACGACGGGCGCCUACGACUUUUUGCCCUCUGUGAGCUUCGACGAUCUCCAGAGCAGCCUCGAGUCCGCGUCCACCGACUUCAAGCUGACCCAGUUCCCAUCACCCACCGGCCAGGGCAGCAUCCUCGAGUCGGGCACCAUGACUGAAAAACCACCCACCGCUCUUCCCAGUGCCAGCACGCCCCGUGCCGCUGGGAACGCGCCCCCGGUCUCGCGCCCGGGGCGGUCCGGCUCCAUACUCAGGCGGCCCAGCACGUCGACCCGGCAGACGAGCAUUUCAUCCACCAUGUCGGCCUCGUCUGGUGGUGUUGGUGGUGGCGGUGGCGUGCUCGACGCACCGACGGCCCCCGCCGCCAUGAGGAACCGCCGACAGAGCCACUAUCCCCCCGUCUCUAACAGCAACAUUGCGAAACCUCCCAGGAAAUCGAUCGGGCCCGGCAUUCUGGACGGAGACUAUGCCUCUCGGCCGGGCCAGAAGCGGCGGCCGAGUCUGAUAUCGAACGCCGGCAGCAGUGCCGACUCGACGCGCACCUCGAUUGACGGAACAAUGAACAGCGGCUUCGACACGACUCGUUCGUUUACGAACGUUCGCACCGCCAAGGCCAGGUCUAUUGGACCGCCGCUGCCUCGAACAAACUCGGCAAGCCUGACCGCAGGAAACAUUAUGACACCGGAACAGAACCGUCUGUCGGCCGCCUUCUCGCCACGGUCGCCCCACGGCGCAGGCAGGGGAACCAUGGCCCCCGGCUCCGCGCAGUCUGCGGCGAGCCAGAAGCGUGCCUCCAUCAUGCCCGGCAUGCCUCACUCCUCCCAUGCUACCGGCCUCGGCGCCCGGACCAUUAGUCCUACCGAUACCCGGCGAAUGAAGCGUCUCUCGACGCAUCAGCCUCAGAGCCUUAACCACAUCGCCGAUGCACCCCCUCCGCCGCCUCUGGAGCCGCGCGAGCACUCGAGGUCGCCCUCCAUGAUCCCCCGAAAGGCUUCGGCCACUCCGUCAUCGUCGCGAACGACGCCCGAUAUCAAUAGAAAGUCGUACAGCUCCGGCCUGUCGAUUGCACCCAAGUCAUUGGCGUCUCACUCUCACGGCAACAACGCCGGCGAGGAUGCCGAAGACGUGCCCCCGGUUCCCGCCAUCCCGAAAGCUAGGACGGAAGACGGCUGCCAUGCCCGUCGAGGGGACAAAAAGGCGAACCCCCCCGUCACCAAGAGGAAUCCGCCGGGCAUGCGCCUUCCGCCCAUCACGGUCGGGCCUCUCAACCCUUCCACUGCCGCCAAAGUAGCGGCUCUGCAGGCAGGGCAUUCUGACAGGAAUCUGAGUCCUCCCCCCUCGCGCAUCCUCGCCAAGACGCCAUCGACGCCCAUGACGGCCUCGAAGAGCAGCUUCUUCUCUCGCAACCACAAUGACGAGAAGAUUGAUCUCCCGAACCUUCGCAGCAGUAGCACGGUGAAUCACAAUCGACUCGACAGUGCGUCCGGUGUGGACGGAGGAAGCUCGUCCGACUCUCUGAUGGGCAUGACCAAGAAGACGCGUCGCAAGCCUAGCAUGUCGCCGUUCUUGUCAUCCUCUGUGCCCAAGAACGAUCCCGACGCUGCGUUCAUCAAGAGGCCAAAGACGGGUGAUAUCGGCAACCUCACUGAACCCAUUCCUGAGGCGAGCCCCCAGCGCAAACCUUCGGGCCCACGCCCGCAAAAGCCAGUCAAGGCCAAACCCAAGUCACCCGUACCGAAUUCCGACCCCGAAGAACCUCCCACACCUUCCUCCAUGAGCUCGCUCCGCCGGAAACUCAGUCUAUCAUGGAAGCGAAGUGCCUCCAAGAACGGCACCGCCCAACCUGCAGCUACGACGGCCAAGCCGACAGAGCCAAGCGUGCGACAAGACAGCAUGCCCCCGCCGCGGAUCCCCAUCUCUGCCACUGUCGGCAACCUCGGCAGCAUCGCCAACCCGUCGAGCCCCCACGUCGGAACCCCCAAGUCCACUGGCACCUACCUCGAAAGCCGGCGUCGGAAGAGCUCAGCGUCUAGCUUGCAAACUUUCGGGCACGAUCGGACCAAGAGCGACAACUGGGCCCCGAAUGGCACGAGCACCCCUAGGAAGGAAAUGCCCGGCGACACGCCAAAAGAACGUACCCAACCAAUGCCUCGCAAUGCGUCGGUCAUGCAGAAGAUCCUCAGGCCCAAGGCUUCUGCCGCUACCAUGCGGGCCAACGAUCCAUGGACCGCAGAUCUCGACAAGGACGACUUGAUCGCAGAGGAGGAAAUCCGAAAGAUGGGCUCGAGGAGGAAGGAAACUGAGAUUGCCGCCAGGACGCUUGACGCGCUCAAGAAGCGCGCCACGCCCAAGGAGAGGGUCGGGCCUCAUGAGGCCAUCAGGAUAGCCAUGCUGAAUCUCUAUGAGCGGGGCGAGAUUAUUGACUACAGCGAUGUGUACUUUUGCGGGACGCAGAACGCGCAGAAAGUGGUGGGCGACCUGCAGUCCGACAAGCCCAACUUUGGCUAUGACGACGAACGGGGCGAUUACACCAUUGUCCCUGGCGACCACCUCGCAUUCCGGUACGAGAUCAUUGACAUCCUUGGCAAGGGAAGUUUCGGACAGGUCGUCAGGUGUAUUGACCACAAGACGGGUGUUCUGGUGGCCGUCAAGAUCAUUCGCAACAAGAAGAGGUUCCAUCAACAAGCUCUCGUCGAAGUUAAUAUCCUGCAAAAGCUUCGCGAAUGGGACCCCAAAAACAAGCACAGCAUGGUCAAAUUUACCCACAGCUUCUACUUCCGAGGACACCUCUGCAUCUCCACCGAGCUCUUGGACAUGAACCUCUAUGAGUUCAUCAAGGUCAAUGCCUUCCGCGGCUUCUCUCUCAAGAUGAUCCGGCGCUUCACCAAGCAGAUGCUGAGCUCUCUUGUCAUGCUGAAGCAGCACAAGGUCAUCCACUGCGACUUGAAGCCCGAGAAUAUCCUGCUGCGUCACCCUCUCCACACGGAACUCAAGGUCAUCGAUUUCGGCUCCAGCUGUUUCGAAAACGAAAAGGUCUACACCUACAUCCAGUCGCGCUUCUAUCGAUCCCCCGAGGUCAUUCUCGGCAUGACAUACGGCAUGCCCAUCGACAUGUGGAGCGUCGGCUGCAUUCUGGCGGAGCUCUACACUGGUGUUCCCAUCUUCCCCGGUGAGAACGAGCAAGAACAGCUGGCAUGCAUCAUGGAAGUGUUUGGCCCACCAGAGAAGCACCUGAUCGAGAAGAGCACCAGGAAGAAGUUGUUCUUUGACUCCAUGGGCAAGCCUCGCCUCACGGUGUCCUCCAAGGGCCGAAGACGCCGUCCCUCGUCAAAGACGCUGCAACAAGCCAUCAAGUGUGACGACGAACCGUUCCUUGACUUUUUGACAAGGUGUCUGCGGUGGGAUCCUGACCGUCGCCUGAAACCUGAAGACGCCAUCUAUCACGAGUUUAUCACUGGCAGAAAGGCUACCGCACCCGCCCCACGGAUACCCGCGCGCGAUGCCUCUCCGGCCAAGCGCCACAACACGGCAUCGGCCCCUAGGCCGCUUCCCGAGCCUCCUGGACUCGGCAUUAAAGGCGGACCGACGCUGCGGGCUCGUGAGGCCACUGGUGUCAGCCCGCACAAGCCCGUGUCAGGCCCUGUUCGCCGAACCUCAGGGGCUACAGGCGCUGUGCAUGUGGCAGCUAUCAAACGGACGAGCACCGGCACGGGCAGCAUAUCGACUGGCGCGAGCAACCUGCCGAGGGCGGCGGGGAGGAGUGUCAGCGCCAAGCAGGAUCUCGCCUCCGCUGGAGCUGCUGCAGCUAUGACGCGAAGAUAG